AUGACGUCACAGCACAGAGGAAGAUUCUGGGACGGGAGCGGAAAGCCGGUGUUUACUCUGGCUUACGUUCUCCUCCUGGCGUUACCGUGCAUGGGCUUCCUCCCCAACUUUUGGUCACGAGUGUUAACGCUGUCUUGGAACUCGCACACACACCAGCACAUCACCGAGCAGGCCAUUCUCAACGUCACCAUGGAGACUCUGAGGGGCAUCAAAAAAUACCAGGGGAACGCAGAGGAACAGACCAGACUGGGCCGAGGCUUCUGGAGAGCUGUGGGAGAGGUGGUGAAGUCCAAUGCGGCCAUGGACUUCUUGAACUCCACCAGGUCCGACCCGGUGUACCACUUUGAUUCAGAGCGCGUGGACAGCGCCAUCGGGCUGCUGCGGCAGUUCUGGGCUCAGACUCUGCUCUCAGUACGAGCUAAAGAGUACCAAAGUGCUCGGCACAGCUUGGGCCAGCUAUUUCACUCCCUGCAGGACUUCUACAGCCACAGUAACUGGGUGGAGAUGGGCCAGCGCUUCAUUUACCUCCACCUGCUGCAGCCGGAGGAGCCGGCCAUCCCCGUGGCCGCCGAAGAAACUCCCACCUGUAUGGAGUGCUUCAGUGCCACCUGUCGGGACAACCUCCUGCCAAGAAUGACCAACACACAGCGAGACACCCAGCUGCUCACCACUGGCUACUUCAACACUUUCCCUUCAAAACCUCACGGCAAAUGUAGUCACGGAGGUAUUCUGGACGGUAGCCGCUACAUGGGAGCCAAAGGGGGCAUCAACAAGGACAGCACCUCACCUCUCUUCUCCCCUCACCAUUACCUCCACAUGGAGGCCUCCAGAUUAGCUAUGGAGGCCACCUUGAGUGUACUGAGAGACAUCAGAGACACUGUGGGCCGGAAGACCUUCCUCAGGCUCUUCAGCGUGAAGCAGGUCCCUGCGUUGGUGUUUGUCAUAGACACCACAGGCAGCAUGUUUGAGGAGAUCACUGCCGCUCGCUACCGGGCCCACUCCAUCAUCCAGAGCCGAGCCGGCAGCCCGGGGCAGCUGGGCACCUUUCUACUUGUGCCCUUCCAUGACCCAGAGAUAGGGCCGGUCUACGAGACAGAUGACCCAAAUCAGUUCAUGCAGCACAUGGAGAACCUGAUGGCGCUGGGAGGAGGAGACGAACCAGAGAUGUGUCUCUCUGCCGUCCAGCUGGCACUCACUCACAGUCCACCCCUAUCAGAGAUCUUUGUAUUCACCGAUGCUUCCCCUAAAGACGCCCACUUGUUUGACGUGGUGAAGGCCCUCGCACUGGAGAAACAGAGCAAAGUGACCUUUCUCCUCACUGAAGACCCCAACUAUACAUCGGAGAGCAGAGGGAGGAAGAGGAGGAAGAAGAGGAGGAGGAGGAGAAGGGAACUGUUGUCCCCUGAUCGUUUCUCUCUCUACUCUUCCCUGUCCUCCCUGUCAGGAGGAAUGACCAUAUUCACCACCAACUCUGACAUCCGCAGUGUCUCUGCCAUCGUAGAGGACAACACAGCCGUCGACAAGGUGACCCUCCUCCAUGUGGAAAGUGCCGGAGAGUUGAUGUCCUCUCAUUCUUUCAGAGUUGACGGCUCAGUGAAAGACGUCACACUACACGUCACUGGCCUCCUCACCGAGUGUGUCCUCACCAGCCCAUCAGACCAAAGCCAGUCUCUGUUGAGCCAGCAAGGCCCUCUGGCAGAGUUGGAGCGCUUCGAGGGUCUGUACCGCAUCAGCCUGCUGUCUCCCACACAGCCGGGCCAGUGGACGCUCCGAGCCAAGAGUGACGGACACCUCGCGUUCCAUGUGAUAGGUGACAGCAGUGUAGAUUUCCUGUAUUACUUUGCCACGGUAACCAACGAGACACACCCAGGUCUGGCUAGAGUGGAGGGUAGUCCAGUAGCAGGAGUUCCUGCCUUUCUGGUGCUGGCUGUGACGGGCCUGGCUCCAGACGAGGAGGCGUCGUUCAGUCACGUGACGCUGCUGGGAGCUGACGGGGAAAGCCUCCAGCAGGUGAAGCUGAACUCCUCCUCCUCCUCCUCAUCAUCCUACUCUGUGGAGGAGCUGGUGGGACGGGUGGACUCCGUUCCCGUCAGCCCGUUCUGUGUUCGGCUGACGGGCCGAGACCGCAGAGGAAACAAGCUGGAGAGGGUUUCCGCAGAGAUGGUUCAGCCCACUCGGGUUCAGAUACAGGUGUUGUCUGUCCCCCGCCUGGUGCCCGGUCACAGCACAAUGGUGGCCUUUGACAUCCUGAACCACGGCCCGGCCCGACUCUUCAGUCUGACUGCCGAUGACGACUGUGGAUAUCUUCACAAGAGAGGACCUCACAGGUUCCAUGUUGCAGAACAAGGGUCUGUCCGCGAUCAGGUGGACCUCCUCACUCCUGCCACAGCUCGUUCAGGAGCCACUGUCACCCUAACACUCACUGUGCGUGCUCUUGACUCUCCGGACUCAAAUUACGCCGUGACCUACUUGACUGUGAUCCCCCCGGAUCCUGACACGUCCCCACCGUCCUGCUCUGCUGCACGAGUACAGUCCACGUGUCCUUCCGUUUGCAACGAGUCCAGCUGGAGCGCAUCUCUGGUCGUGUCGGACAGGGGGCGCUCCGGCCUCGCUGCCCUCCAGCUACAGAGUGGUGAAGGCAUCCUGACUUUAUUCCACAGCCCCCCACCCACAGAGGACAGCCUGGCGGAGGACCAGCAACAGGCACACAGGGACAAGGCAACCAGUGGAGGCCACCACCACCACCACCACCAUCACCACAAGGCCAGAUUAGAGAACGGAGACCCACCUCUGAAUAUUUCUGAAUGGGCACCCGGCUCAUCUCAGCCGCUGUGGGCAAAGUACACGUCCAGCUGCUGCUCCGCUCAGGCUGAGCUGCUGGUGUGGGACGCGGCUGGAAACAUGAAGCGCUGCCAUCUAACAUCUGGCCAGCAGCGGCGGAUAAGAGACAAGAGCACAGAAACCAGUGGAGCUGGACGGAUUACACUCACAGCAAUGGUUUUCUCGUUGUUGCUGUGGUCUUUUCUGCUUUAG